ACGUUUCUUUAAAAAUUACCGGAAAUAGAAAUGAUAAUCAUGUGAGACACUAUUUUUAUCUUCAAAGAAGAGUUCCUGAAGGGCAUCGUAAAUUUUUAAUCAUUUUCCUGACAGAAUCACAGCAUGUCAGUUACAGGGCUAGGUGAUGCUGGUAUGUAUCGCAUAGAAACUGAUAGUUUUGGAGAGAUACAGGUUCCAGCUAACAAAUACUAUGGUGCUAACACAGCUCGGUCAUUGAUAAAUUUCGACAUUGGUGGUCCAUCAGAGCAGAUGCCAAUACCAGUGAUAAAGGCUCUAGCUAUUCUGAAGUGUUGUGCUGCUAGAGUAAAUGAAGAAUUUGGUUUAAAACGAGAUCUAUCUAAAGCCAUUCAAGAGGCAGCAGAGGAGGUAUUGAAGGGAGGACUAAAUGAACAUUUUCCACUUGUUAUCUGGCAGACCGGCUCAGGUACCCAGAGUAAUAUGAACAUGAAUGAGGUACUCAGUAACAGGGCUAUAGAGAUACUAGGAGGAAAACUGGGCAGUAAAUCACCUGUACACCCCAAUGAUCAUGUUAACAUGAGCCAGAGUUCUAAUGAUACAUUCCCAACAGCAAUGCAUAUAGCAGUUGCUAUGGAGAUACAUGAGAGGUUGUUACCAGGGUUACAGAUGUUACAUGAUGCUUUAAAAUCAAAAUGUGAAGAGUUUAAAGACCUUGUGAAAAUAGGGAGAACUCAUACACAGGAUGCUACCCCAUUGACAUUAGGUCAGGAGUUUAGUGGUUAUGUACAACAGAUAAUAAAUGGUAUAGACAGAGUGAAGACUACACUACCUAGACUUUAUCAACUGGCUGCUGGGGGUACUGCAGUUGGCACUGGCUUGAAUACUAGAAUAGGAUUUGCUGAAAAAAUAGCAGCAGAAGUAGCAAAAUACACAGAUAUACCGUUUGUAACUGCCCCAAACAAGUUUGAAUCUCUUGCUGCCCAUGAUGCUAUGUUAGAAGUCCAUGGUGCCUUAAAUGUGGUGGCUACAAGCAUUAUGAAAAUUGCCAAUGAUAUACGGUUCCUGGGUUCUGGACCCAGGUGUGGACUAGGUGAACUAAGUCUGCCAGAGAAUGAACCAGGAAGCAGUAUCAUGCCAGGGAAGGUGAAUCCUACACAGUGUGAAGCUAUUACCAUGGUGUCAGCUCAGGUGAUGGGAAAUCAUGUGGCUGUGACAAUAGGUGGAAGUAAUGGCCAUUUUGAACUGAACUGCUUCAAACCAAUGAUGGUCAGUAAUGUACUUCAAUCUGUACGUCUACUGGCUGAUUCUAGUGUGUCAUUCACUAAGAACUGUGUGAAUGGUAUAAAAGCUAAUCGAGAUGUUAUAGGAAGAUUGCUCAAUGAGUCACUGAUGCUCGUCACAGCUUUAAAUCCUCAUAUAGGGUACGACAAGGCAGCUGAAAUAGCCAAAACUGCACAUAAAGAUGGGACCACUCUGAAAGCUGCAGCUUUGAAAUUAGGAUAUUUAACAGAUGAACAGUUUGAUAGCUGGGUGAAACCAGAGCAAAUGUUGGGACCAAAGUAACAAAUUGUGAUAAUGUGAUUAUAAUAGUUGGGACUAAACUUGACACUAUUGUGCCUUACAUACAUAUUCCAUUGAAUUGUGAUACCAUAAGAAGGUGCUUUAUUUAAUAUAUAGUAUAAUUUGGAUACGGGAAAAUUUCUGGUCAUUUGAAAGUGUACGGAAUAAAGGUUGUUUUUUGUUUAAUUUUCAAGUCUCAAUUUUAUUUUACGUGAAUUUGCAUUUUAUGUGAAUUUGCAUUUUCUUUUUGUUAAUUUUGAAUGUUUUACAUUUACAUUUUUAUCAAAAGUGUUUUACAACAUAUUUAGUUUGAUGUAAAUAUUUCAUUCCCAGCUCACUACUUAUAUGUUACUUAAGUUUAUAACUAAGUUGGUCUUUAAUUAGCUGUACACUGUUUAGCAGUGAAAAACUUUUCCUAUUCGUAACUUAGUCAACUGAUUACUAACAGUAUCACAAACUAAUCUAUGUGUGUUUUUUUUAACUGCUUUUGCAUGUAACCAAGGUCAAGCAAUGAUUAUUUUAUCCCAGUGUAGCUAUUGGAUAGUCAUUCAGCCAAUUUACAUAAAACUGUAAACACUGGGAGUUAGGCCCAUUGCCCUUGACCUCUGUAAAUUUUAUUCUUGGUUAAUGUUAAGACCUAUCCAAUCAGAUUACAGGUGUUUUUGUACCUGUAAUGUGUACCUGUAAUAAUGUAAUAAUUUGGGUAUAAAUCUACUGCUUGAAGUCAUUAUGUAAUUGUGAGAUUACACUUGGCAUUAAAUCAAAAUUUAAUAGUUAUUUUUAAAAUAAAGAGAAUACCGGUAUUAAAGAUGUUAUAUAUAUACAUGUAUAUGUAAGAUACAUGUAUACAGCUUUCCAUUAUACCAUAUAACACAAAUUUUCAUUAAGAGCAUGUCAUUAUAAUUAGAAACAAAAUACAUGUACAAAAUUGAUUUGAUCUAUGGAAUAUUUAAAUAUUUUGUUGCAUUGAUUUCAUUUAUGGAACAUUUAUUUAUAGACAGAAUCUCAGGUUAUUGUUUACCACAAACAGAGUUGAUUAUAAUCAAUUUUAUAAUACAUUUAGGAAAGUACUUAUCUUAUAUAUUUAUAUCAUAUUAUCAGACUGGAUUUUCUGAUGUUUUCACCAGUGCUGAAAAAUUUCAUCUUACAUGAAGGAUAUCAUUCUGGCACCUUUAUCAGUAACUGAAUAAGUCUUAUACUUAGGAUGAUGUUAUUCUACUCAUUCUCAUUUUCUGAAUGAAGUUGUCAAUUUAAAUUUAUAAGCUACUGGUGCUACAAUAUAAUAUUAUAAGAAAAAAAGAAGUGAACAAUUUUAUUUUUCCAACUACUUGUUUAAUUUAUAUGUGAUAUGCAAGAAAAGAAUCAAACACAGGCUAUUAUUGCUGACAGGAAUAUCUGGCUCUUGGGUAACUGUUUAGCAUUAAAUGCAGCAGAGCCUUGUUCCUGCCUAACACAGUUACCAUUCAGCCAGUGUAAAAUUGUUAUAAUUGUAAUGUUUCAGAAAUUGUUUUAUCAGAUGAUAAAAUCUGCAUUCCAUAAUUUCUUUGGCAUAUAAUUUUAUAUCUUUUCAUGAAAAAACAUGAUCAUUGUCAAAUCAAAUGUAGCCAUCUACUUAUAUAUAUACUCAACUUAUUUUUUCUGGUAAUGUUUGACUUUAUAAAUGAUAAAUGACAUGAAAUAUGCACUAUUUAUGCUUUAUUAAAGUUCAAAAGGUUUAUGAAAGGUUGAUAAAAAAAUGAAGUCAAUGAAAAAAAAGACAGGCUUUUUGGUCACAUGAUUCAUGCUGUUUUGUUUUUGUUGUUUUAUUUUUUGGUUACAGGGUUGUAAUCUUGUCCUUUGGUGCAUUUAUUUUACCAUUAAUAUACAUUGUAUUGAAACCUAUACAGGAGAAAUAAUGAAUAAAAUUGACAAUCAAA